AGUUAAAUCUCGUCCUCAAAUGACCGCCACCGAACUGCAACAUGGGGCCCAUCAUACAGGAGCGCGCAGCAUCCACGACGCUGGAACACGUCGUUUGCAAGGAGAAGGUCCGAGUGAAAAACACUGAAAAUAGCGGACCUAACACCAGUUUGAAGAAAGGCAAGCAGAUGAAGAAAGCAGCGGGCCAAGGGAAGAGUGGCCAGGCAGGACCGAGUCAGGAUCAAAACAACGUGGGAGCAGUGCAGAAGGGUUCACAGCCGAGGAGUUCCAGGUUGAAAGCUGGCACCUCUCGGAAUACAAGCAAAUUAUCCAGCCCAGCAGAGGAGCAAAAUGUCCGUCAUGUGAACGUGCUCCGACACGAGGAGAGGAGGACGUCCCACUGCAGCACACCGCUACAGCAGAAUCAUCACCGGGGGAUGGGUAAAAAUCGCCACGCUCUCUCUCUCCCGCUGUCCCCUAUAUCAGGACUUCGACACAUGCCGGAGCACCCGUUGACGCAUUCCCCCACUCCUAUCCUCGAGGCCCUUCACGACCCCUACAAGGUUGACGACAGCGACAGUGCCAGUGACCUGUCCGACUCGGAGAGGCUGCCUGUGCUGCCGUCGCCAUGCACUCCGUGCACACCGCCUCAUUUGAACCUCAGAGCCGAAGUCAUCAGCUGUAACGACUUUCCACCGGACAUCCCAGGACCACAUGGGGACUGCGGCGGCGGUGAAGACAAGAACGAGAGUGAGACACCUACCCACUCUUACCCAGACUUUCUGCCGCCGCCCUUCAACACCUGGAGCCUUAGACAGCUUGCGGUGUUUCUUCACACAGAGGGUCGUGGUGCUCCCAGGCCCAAGCCGGUGAGGCCUUUGGAGAGGUUCCUGGAGAGACUACUGCAGCUGGAGUGGCUCCAGAUCCAAACAGUGCAGACAGAAAUCAGCCGUCCGCCUGGAAGACCGCAGGUCACAGCAGGUCACUCACCCAGACCUCACACAGCUCCAUCAUCACGACUGAAUUCCCCAAAGGGGCCGCGACAGAGCCAGCGAGCCUUCCCGUGCGUCAUCAAUCCACCAUCGCCUGCCUCUGCUGCCACCCAACACCAGCUCUCCCGCCUCCCGGUGUGCCCACACUGUCACCUUCGCUAUCCGCUGUGUAACGGGAGUUGUUCAGCCUACGCCUACCAGCGCCACUCGCGUCUCAGCCCACUGCUGGAGCGUAGAACCCGCCCGGGUGCACCCAUGAAGAGAAGUUGCAGUGAGACGCAAGAAGCUACCAAAGAAGGUAGGGGCCAAGGAGCACAAGGCGCAGGCGGGGUGCAGUUUCCUUUGAGCCCCUCAGUUGGAAGGCGCCAUCUCAGGCACAUGCAGGCAGUAGGCAACGUCAGAAAGCAAGCGCAGGAAUCUGCAACAACCCCAAAUGGUAAAAGUCAUAUGAAGAAGAGCCGAGUCAGAGCUAACUCUGUGACCGAUGUUAAAAAGGACCAGAGUGCGGUCAAAGCAGUCGGAGCAGACAAACGGGUUCUUGGGUCUAGUAAGAAAGAGGCCAAGAAAUCAGAGAAGGAGGCAGGAGACCAGCCGUCAAAGCCCACCGUAAAAAAAUCUGCUAAAGAACCACAGUCUAUCUCCAAGGCUCCACCCAAUGGUGGCAAAACAAAAAAUGUCCAAUCUGCUGCUAAGUAACGCUUCUCGCCCUGUAGUGCUUUACUCCCGUGGUCACCUGGCAUGCUAGCUUCAACCUAAGCUCGCUCUCUGUGUAAUACUAACAUGUUAUAAUGUUAUGUCGCAGUCAUGUAACAAUAUAACCAUCAGGACCUUUAAAGCACAUGACAUGAAACAGUAAUUUAAGAUCACAAUGUUGCACUGUAGGCUAAAUGGACGUUAUUAUGUAUUGCCUCCAAAAUCUGAAUACUCAGCUUCAUGUAAUUGGACCCAAACUGCACAGCAUAGCCAUUUCUUGUAAUGCUAAUAAUGUUGAAAAUGAAAUGGGCAUCUAGUGGCCAGCUUUCAGCAUAAGUUCCAUCGUGAAGGUUACCAGCAACUGAUAUAUUUCCAUCACUAAAUAUGAUAAUAGACAUCCAUUACCAGUGGAGAUCUUAAUGUGGAAAUGUUUUUGUUUUCAUUGCUUUAUUGUUCUAUUUAUUAUUUUUUAUUGCUUCAGUUUGCUCUUUGAUGCCUCAUUUUUAUGACGUGUUACUUGUGUUCAUUGCAACUUUGUCUGAAAAGCGGGUUUAUGAAGAAAUGGCAGCAAGCUGCAGGAAAGAAUGCAAUAGUUUUACAUUUUUGUUGAAAAGGGCUUUUUGUGUAUUAACCCGCUUGGAUUGUUGUCUUUGAAAAAUAUGAAAUAUAUUUUGCAUAGAGCUGAGCUCUUUCGAAUUUAAAGACGGUGUAAUGUUUGCUAUGAAUGUAAAUGCAUAUUUUUCCAAAUUUUAUACACCAUAGUUCUAUUUAUGUAUGUGUUUGUUGUGGUUGACCUGUAUUUAUUAUUGUCAUCAUUAUGUUUACAUCAGAAUCAGUUGUCAUACUUAUGAGAUAAACAUUUAGUAAAAGACAUAACAAAACCGUAUGUCUACUGUGCUGAAUAAUUAUGAAUCCAAAUUACUGUAGUAAUGGAUGAAGCAGUAUUUUGCGCAGUGGUUUGAGAUAAGAGCUGUUGUUACGCUUUGAGUUGCAAGCAAACAUUUUAGUUACAAGCAUCCCUGCCAUUAAUUGGCGUAGCAAAUGUCACAGUGAACCCCGUAAGAUCCGCCAAAAACAUCUGGGGCCGUAUUUAUCAAGCGUCUUAGAGUGCCAUUUUACACUUAAGUCCUGAGAAUUUGCGAAAUUUAGUCCUACUCUCAAAUUUAAGAAUAAAAGCUAUUUCUCAACUUUCUUAAGUCUCGGAAUCACUCCUACUCUCCACGAUAUUUAAGAGACCUUCAGAGGUGUCCUAAGUGGUUAGGAGAUGCCAGCGGGGGAUGGCACUGGGGCGAGAGAGACGUGCGCGAACGAUCAGGUAGCGGAAGGAUGUCCUGGCUUUGUUUGAUGACGAGCAGCUGAUCAAACGGUAUCGUUUAGACAGAGCGGGUAUUAUUUUUGUCACAGAUUUAAUAAGGGGCGUCAUCUCAUCAGCAACAUCACGCAGCAGAGCUUUCACAGCAGAACUAAAGGUCAUCACAAUGCUUCGAUAUCUCGCCACUGGGAAAAUGAAUUGGAAAGAAAAGGAAACAUUUAUUUUUGAUUCAUUGCCAAUAUUGUUUGUUUGUUUUGUAUUAUUUUGUAGUUUAUUGUCAAAAUAUACACUCCCAUUGUCCACUUAAAUAUUUCUAAGAUAUUUCUUUAUUCUUAGACAAGGGAUUCCCUUCCGUGAUUGGUCAUUUCUAUGGACACAGAAAUGACGUCACCUAAAAUUCCGUUUACGGCACAUAGUAAUGUCGUAAUUCAGCUCUGAGUGUGACACUUAAGAUUCAGUCCUACACUUUGCUGAAAGUGUGAGUAAGACGCUUGAUAACUAAUUUUUAAGUGCAGCUUUCAGCGAAGAAUUUCUUUACUCAUACGUCAACUCUUAGCAGACUUCUUAGGAGUAAUUCUAAGACGCUUGAUAAAUACGGCCCCUGGUCUUACUUGCGAGCAUUAGCUUAGAGCUACAGAUCGACAUCAUUUUGUUUUUCAAACAUGGGAAGAAAGAAACUUCUGUGUACAGGACAGUGCUAAGAAGAAUCAGAUCACAGUCAUUGAAUUAAAAAAAGGAAAUCAUUGAAAACGCGUUGCUAACUUGGUGAAGCAAUUUGAGCGUCACCAUACUGAAACAGAAUUUGUAACGCCAGCCAAUAAUGUUGAAAUUGUAUCUCAACGGCGGACAUUUAUCCACGAAAAUAUGGAAAAUCUGCGUGUUUUGAUGGAGAAGCAGCUGGAAUGAGAGACCGUAGAAGUCCACUCUCUAAGGUAAACACUACAUUAUUAUUGCAUUACUUCAUAA